GGAAUGAUGUGUAGUAAAUAUUGAUAAGCAAUGAUGUAAUAAUAAAUUUGUUUUGCUCCUUCAGGCUUUGUUUGACAGUGGCAUCAACCCAUGUAUGCUGGUGGAUGAGUUAAAACCAGAGCAUAUUUCUAACAUCAUAAAAAUGACAAGAGAUUUUACCAUGAUAUUUUACCAGUGUCGUAAAACUGGGAAGCCUCUCAAUAAAUAUUAUAGAAUCUACGCCCAGGAGACGUGUAAAUCGUGUGGUACUAGAGUUACGAAAACUAGAAUGGGUGAUGACAGUGGAAGAGUUACAUAUUUCUGUUCCUCUUGUCAGACAGCAGAUACCAGUAAACUGGAUAAAUUAACCCUUCCAAGUAAAAAUAGUCUUCUAAGUUGGGUGAAAACUGCCAAUUGUAAAACAGAAGUUGAUUGGUCAUGUCCAGUUUGUACUCUUGUGAAUAAAGUCACACAUUUGAGCUGUGAUGCUUGCCUAGGGCCAAAGCCAAACCAAUCAGACAUUCCAGUACAAAGAAAUGGGAUUCAAGACCAAUCAAAUAGUUCCUUAUCUAGAAAGGAAACCGCUAUAGACCAAUCAAAUAGUUUCUUAGCUAUAGAUUUAAAAUUCAAAUCUACACAAGAACCAAAAAGUUUAUCAUUAGACACUGCAAAAAAAGUAAUCGCUGUGUCCUCAACUGACAUAUUAUCAUCAAAAAAUUCAUUUCAAGGAUCUAAAAAACGGAAGUCAUCUGAUUCCCAAGAUUCAACGCAACCUCAGUUUAACAACAAAAAAAUAAAGAAGGAAAAUGUCGGAACAGAAAAUAAUGUCAAGAAUGACUUGAAUAGUAAAUUUCCUAAUUGUUCUCAGCAUGGGAAAAAGUGUUCUUUGUGGCAGACGCAUAAACCUGGGCCUAAUAGAAACAGAUGGUUUUUUACUUGCUCUAUUAAGGGACCCAAAAAGUGCAAUUAUUUUGAGUGGUGUGAUAAAAGGUUUCCAGCUUGUUCAGGACAUGGUAAAACUUGUGGUUAUCACACUGUUCUAAAACUUGGCGCCAACAACGGCAGAAAAUUCUUCACUUGUUCACUUCCAAAAAAAGAACAAUGUGAAUUCUUUGAAUGGGCCGAUGGAUUUGGAGAUGUUGUAACAAGGAAGUAAUUGCUGUGGACGGACACCUGUAAAUUAUUUAUUUGUAUCAAUAUUUUAAAGAUGCAUUAUGUAAGAGCUAAAUAAGUCUGCCUAUUGCAGGUCUUUAAUAAUAAUAAUAUUGUCAUUUAUAAAGGGUGUUAAUACUGAAGAAAACAGUUUCUAUUUUAACUAUUAUUUAGACAUUUAUUCACAUGAAAACCCUAUAAGCAACUCUCUAGACCGAGAUUUGAACACCUGCUAGAUUUAAAAUUUAUCGAUUAAAUCGAUAGUUGAGGCUAAGUCUAGGUUGUCAAGUACCGUUGCUAUGAUAAUAAACAAUCUACGCUACAUUUUCAAACAGUCAUAACUUCCCCCAGAAUAACGUCAUUUAAAUGAAAUUUUCAAUAUACUCAUUUUGCAUUAUCUAUUUUUGAACCAAUUUAGCAAGAAUGGACAGCUCUUUAUCUAAAUCUUACAUAAUGCAUCCUUAAAAAAAGUUUUCUCUAUCUCCAAUAAAUCAAUAUACAAGCAAAAGAUGAACUUGCUAGUGAAUAAUAUUCUGGCCAGCAGAUAAGGAAUUGGACAGAAAAUCGUGAACAUGGAGAAAGAUGCUAAGAUGGUUCUCCACUAUUUCCUGAAGCCUUAUGUGUCCUGGCCCCGAGUUUACAAAGCAUUCUCAGACUUAAAUUAGGAAUUUACUCAACUUUCAAUCCCUGCUUAUGAGAAAUAUCUUUGAUCCAGAAACACAGAACUUUACACAUAGUUUCUUAUUGAUGUAUUUGAUACUUUAAAACAACAAAAGUUUUAUAAACGGCUAUAUUUUAGUUAAAAUAUGGCGAACAAUUUUGAGUAAAUUCUUAAUUUAAGUCUGAGAAUGCUUUGUGAACUUGGGGCCAGAUGAGAUUUUACAAAAUUAUAUUAAAGCAAUGAAAAGAUGUACUUAAUUAUUAAUUAAUAACUUCAAUUAUAAGUCUCCAGUGAAUUAUCAAUAUCUCUAUUUAUUCAGGGGCAAACUUGAGCUGGGGGGGGGGGGAGUCCUAAGGCAGUACAAGGUGCUUUCGAGAGUAUGUCUUAUUGUUUCUAGCUUAUGCACAAAUUUAGCAUGUUGCAAUCUAAUGGUACGAGCGUAGGUUCCCACCAUCGUGUGAUGCAUUACAAUAGGAUUGUCCCUAUGGAGUCCACGAUCUGGUGCAUGCAGAUACGUUCAAAUACAAUCACCAUGAUUGCUAUUUUUAUUUAUUUACAUAUGUAAACAUGCUUUUAAAGGGCUCACACACAAUGCUGCACGUGAAUAUUGGGUUUUUUCAUGUGCAUCUCGUGCAAUUUUUUUUGUGCUCAUGGGCCGAUAUUUUUUGCGAUUGGGAGCAUUGUGUGAAACAAUAGUUCAUAGUAUUGCAUAAUAUUAUACAUACAAAACCACCUAGUAAUAAAAUAUUUGGGAAAAAAAGUGAUGCGUUUUCCAUGGCGCUCAGUAUAUAUAACUAUCUAUUUAAUUAAAAUUUUUAGAUUGUAAAUUGUACAAUUUGUUCUGUCCUCUUGUCUAUAAUUUAACUGAUAUUUAUAUGUAUGUACAUGUAUUUGAAAAUAAACUAUAU